GGAUUCCGGGGGCCGUGUUAGAACUACUUUGAAAUUACAUUCUUCCUUCCUCCUACGCUCUUCUCCUUGAGGUUAUAAUUGAUUUGACAAAGUUUGAAAAGUAAAAUCAAUCUAGUGGGAUCACCUACUCUCACAUAUCUAAUCAUGUAAGAUCAGUGAUCGCCACAAGGAAGGAAAGAAGGAUUUUGAUAGUUCAAUUUCGAACACGGCCCAAUUCCUCUGAAACGAGGGGGAUUUGCGCUGCCGCGUGCUCGCGCCCGCCCCAGCAGGCACCACCGAUUGUUGACAAAGACGCCGCGAGACGGAGAAGAGAGCCCGAGCCUUGGUUUUAAGCCACCGGAGGACUACGGUUGAAGACACCGUCCGUUUACCGAGAACGAGGAAGGAGCGCGAACGUCUUGAAAAUCAACCUCUCCCCCUCCUUUCGCCAUCAACCUGAAGGUGUGGCCGGAUCGAGGCGAUUCGGUAAUAGUGCCUUUGCUUUAAACAGUUUUCGGACUGGCGCGUGAAGAAGAGAUCCCCCCGGCUAACCACAUGCACCUUUACAUACCGACAGAAUGAUCACAGUGGGCCGGGAUGGGUUGGUGUCGGUGUAAUUAACGUCAGUCUCAAGGAGUCUUCCAUACCUAAGAAGAACCAGGAGGACGGGGUCCAGGCGAGGUCCGGCCGGGCAUGGUGUGAUCUGAAUCGGGCAGCCAGUCUGGGUCUGACCGGUGACCACCCGUCCUUUCCCCGGAGCCUGCGUGGCCCCAAGCCACGUCCAGAGCCCUCCAAGAUGGGGAAAUGUGACGGGAGAGUUACACUGGUGGCGAUAUGUUCACUGCAGCUGAUGGCAGCGUUCCAGAGACAGGUGUUUGACUUCCUGGGCUACCAGUGGGCUCCUAUCCUGGCCAACUUCCUCCAUAUCAUGGUCGUCAUACUGGGGAUCUUUGGAACAGUGCAGUUCAGAUCCCGCUACCUCAUACUGUACGCGGUGUGGUUGGUGCUGUGGGUGGGAUGGAACUCCUUCAUCAUCUGUUUCUACCUUGAGGUGGGACACUUGUCUCAGGACAGGGACAUCCUGAUGACGUUCAACACGUCGCUGCAUCGGUCCUGGUGGAUGGAGCACGGCCCUGGUUGCCUAGUAACGCCGGUGUUGGACUCCCGCAUCGCCCCCGACGACCACCAUGUCAUCACCGUCUCUGGCUGUCUCCUUGACUAUCAGUACAUUGAGGUGCUGAGUGCCGCGCUACAGGUUCUACUGGCUCUCUUUGGCUUUGUAUAUGCCUGCUAUGUGAGCAAAGUCUUCCAGGAUGACGAGGAUAGCUUUGAUUUCAUUGGUGGCUUUGAAUCCUAUGGUUACCAGCCUCCUCAGAAGACCUCACAUCUCCAACUGCAGCCCCUCUACACGUAGGGCCGGGUAGGGGAAGGAGGCGCCCCCAUCAGACCACACCUCAGCGGUGAAGCUGUCGCCUUGGGAACAGAGCACUCACUCUGCGUGUCACAGUACAACUGAAAGAUGGACUCACCUGUGUGUGUAUGUGAGACCGUGUAUGUGUAUGGUAAUCGAGGGUAAACUGACUGAUACCCCUGAGGUGAAUGUACAGAGGACAGGGUGGAACCAGCCAUUCUAUGGGAGGUGGGGAGGGGGGGACACUGGGCGUGGUCACUUGUUAAUGGACACGGAGGAUAUUGAGAGGACACUCUGCACCUGCUGGCUCUUUGCACUCCUAGGACCCUGUGUGUGUAGUUCUAAAGGACUAGCUGAAUGACCUCUGAACUAUUGUGGGAGGGGCCUCAAGUCACAUGGGGCACGGCUCUUCCAUGUUGUCAUUUUAGAAUGUGAGGUCAUAAUAGAACAGUCGUACCCCCAAACCCUAAUCUUGUCCCUAAUUUUGUUGUGACAGGGUGACCCUGUGUACUCACAAUCACAGCAAAAAAGCAGAAGUGGGUUUGUUGUGAUUGUGUGCGCACUGCACCAAUUUUAAGGAUUGGGCUUUAGUGUCUCUGGGGAAAGAUGUGGGGAUUCUGUGCAUGUAAAUAUCCGGUUGAUUGGUUGUUUUGUUUUUGAGGGUGGGGAGGGGGUUGCGUAGCCACGCCCCAUUUACAUUUCUCCUCACUUUUCACGACCAAGAAUCGUCCUUGAUGACUUUAGAAAUGCUUCCUCCCUCACACCUUACUACCCUUUCUUCUGUUAUUCUCCCCCUCUACACUUCAUCCACUCCUCCCUUUCUUCUGUUAUUCUCCCCCUCUACACUUCAUCCACUCCUCCCUCCCUUCUGUUAUUCUCCCCCUCUCCACUUCAUCCUUUCCUCCCUCCCUUCUGUUAUUCUCCCCUCUCCACUUCAUCCACUCCUCCCUUUCUUCUGUUAUUCUCCCCCUCUCCACUUCAUCCACUCCUCCCUUUCUUCUGUUAUUCUCCCCCUCUACACUUCAUCCACUCCUCCCUUCUGUUAUUCUCCCCCUCUACACUUCAUCCACUCCUCCCUUUCUUCUGUUAUUCUCCCCCUCUACACUUCAUCCACUCCUCCCUUUCUUCUGU